AUGACCACAGCACGAGUAGUAAUGGAUACUGACAACACGGUGCUUUCUGAAAAACAUAGUAAACCUGGUGUAAUAAUGUCAGGUCAUAAGUGUCCUGUUUGUCCUCAUUCCUGUGCUUCUCAAUCUGGACUCAUAGGUCAUCUAACUACAAAACAUAAAGAGCGUUUGGCCGCUGUUUGCAAAGUUUGUCAACAGAUCUUUGCAUCGGAUGCUAUAGGUUCUCAUGUACUUAAAUGCAAGGGUAGCUAUUCCUGUCCUUACUGUCGUGCUACGUUUUCGUCGCCCUCUUAUUUACAGCGUCACAUCUCCAGGCGUCACGAGAUUUUUGAUCGCCCCACCUGUAGUGUUUGUGGAAAGGGUUUCUCAUCGACCAAUUCAUUAGCUGUUCAUAAGAGAUUGCACCGAAAUUAUAUGCCAUACUACUGCCAGCUUUGCAAUGCUAAUUUUGCUCAGAAAAGUCAUCUUAAAUUGCAUUUAGACUCUCAUCAUGCCUAUGUCGAAUUAGAUGAGACACGGAAACCUUUUGUGUGCAAAACCUGCGACCGUGGAUUUCUGUUUAUUAUCAGUUUGCAACGACACCUAUUACAGCAUUGUAAGCUUAGUCCUAAAAAGUUACUGCCGUGCGAAGUCUGUAAAAAAAACUUUGCUCAUCAAAGUGAACUAGAACGCCACAGCAUCAUUCACACCAAGUGCUCGCCAUACCAAUGCUCAUUUUGUUCUCGUACGUUCACGCGUCCUAACUUGUUGAAGAACCAUGCUUUGUUACACACCGAUCCAAGUCUUCUAACCUGCUGUUACUGUUCUCGAGUCUAUGCUUCUCGUGCUUAUUUGCUACAGCAUAUAAAGAAGCAUGAAGAAAAACUGCAAAUAUCUUCAAUUCCAAGUUUAGGUACAACUUCCAUUUCAGAGAUAGAAACAAGUAUCCUUGACGAUUGCAGAGUAAAUGUACCAAAGGAGAUGGAUAAGGUAA